AUGAAGAGAUUCGACGACCGCCGGGGUUUGCCUCCUCUCGUCCGGAGAAACCACUCCAUCACGAGCGGUUCUUUAGUGUUGCUUUUAGUCGGCGCCAUGAUCCUCAUUAUCAUGUCUGGCGCUCUCAAACCUCCGGUGGAUACGUCUGCGCUUUCGUCUUCGCAACUUGUCGAGGCGAGGAAAUCAAAUCUGAGAGCGGCGCUCUCGUCGACGGUGGCGGCGUAUCUGUUGUACUCCGCGAUUCAAGGGCCGGAAACGCACAUGAUACGACCUCACCCCGCGGCGUGGAAGAUAAUCCACGGAAUGUUCGUUCUGUACUUACUCUUCCUCGUCUUCUUGUUGUGUCAAGACACGUACGACGCGCGCGCGGUGUUGAAGUUCCUCUCCCCGGAUCUUCUCGACGCGGACGCAGACGAGCGCGCGUACGGAGAGGACUGCAGGAUAUACACCCCUGAGGAUCCCGUGUCCAAUUUCCGCGUGCUUCGGGAUACGGUAUGCGAUGAGUUCGUCAUCGCGCACGUUAUUGGAUGGUACGGCAAAGCGAUCGUCCUGAGAAGCGUUCCGUUGCUGUGGUGCUACUCCGUCGCGUUCGAGCUUUUGGAAAUCACGUUUCAGCACUGGUUGAAAAACUUCAACGAGUGCUGGUGGGAUGCGUGGAUCCUGGACGUCGCACUCUGUAACGCGGUCGGAAUAUACUUCGGGAUGAUGACAAUUAAAUUCUGGGAGGGCGCAGACUACGACUGGACGGGUAAGAAGGGAAUAUCCGGGCAAGUGCAGAGGUCGUUGUCGGUGCUCGCCCCGGCGUCUGUCGACGCGUAUUCGUGGAACCCAACGUCAAGUCCGUUGAGGUUUUUGCAGUGCGCGUUCAUCGUGGUCGUUUGCUUGAUUUUCGAGCUGAACGCGUUUUUACUGAAGUACGUGUUUUCGGUCCCGCCGUCGAACAUAUUAAACAUCGUCAGACUUGGGUUGUGGUUUGGGAUAGCAAACGUUGCGACGAGGGAGUAUUUCGUUUUCAUCACUUCAAGUCGAGGGAUGCGAACGACGAAGCUGGGGUCGAACGCGUGGUUAGCGAUAGCCGUCGCACUCGUUGAGGUGUUGGUCACCGUGAAACACGUGCCGUUGCGGGUUGGCUCGUGCACUGGCAGUUGCGUCUAA